AUGGAUUUAUCUACUGACAGUGACUAUAGCGACACAGAAAUAAGCGAAAUACUCACAAUUGUUGUAUUCCGAAGGACAAGAAUUGUAUCCACUCGGCCAAAUCUUUUCUAUGUCUUGGAUGACAAAGAUUUUUAUGAUCGCAUUUUAUAUAGCAUUUUGGAGCUUAUCGGACAUCACAUAAAGCACCCAACAGAUUGGAAUCACGCCUUAACAGAGGAGCAAAUGCUUUUAAUCACUUUGCGGGUAUAUGGGACUAGUGGAAUGCUUCAAACAAUUGGCGAUUUGUUUGGGGCAUCAAAAUCGACAGUGUCCAAAGUUAUUACGCUGGUGUCACACCAUAUAGCCUGCCUAAGAGAACGGUUCAUAAUAUUUCCAAAAGAUGACAGCCAAAAAUAUGAAGCUUAUAAAGGAUUUUACAUUAUUGCUAAGUUUCCCACAGUAAUAGGUGCUUUGGAUGGUACGCACGUGAAGAUAAUCUCACCAGGUGGCAAUAAUUCAGAGCUUUAUCGAAAUAGAAAAGGAGUUUUCUCCAUUAACGUCCAAACAAUGUGUGAUGCAAACUUAAAGAUAACAAACAUUGUUGCUCGCUGGCCCGGAUCUGCUCACGACUCAAAUAUAUUAAGAAAUUCCAGGAUUUAUUCUCGUUUCGAAAACGGUGAAUUCGGGGAUAGUUUAAUUGUUGCAGAUAGUGGUUAUCCAAAUAAAAAGUUUAUGAUAACACCUUUGUCUAAACCGAUAACUCCAGAAGAAAACUUAUUCAAUGAGUCUUUAAUAAGAACGCGUUGUAACGUGGAAAGGAGCUAUGGUGUUUGGAAAAGGCGCUUCCCAAUUCUGUCACUUGGAAUUCGUUUAAAUCACAAAAAAGUCCAGAGCAUAAUUGUUGCUACUGCUGUUCUACAUAAUAUUUGCUGCACAAAUAAUGAAAACGAUUUACCUUUAUUAGAUCCUCAUGCUUCCACUGCACUUAAAUUUAACCAUUUGAACCGAACCGAACCAUGGUUCAGAGAUACUCGUGAACAGGUUCUUGAACCGGUACAAGCUUUUUCUAAGUGGUUCGAACCACCGAACCGAACCACACCGAUUUUUGGAGUGGUUUGCAGCCCUGGUUUUCAGUAUAUUGAAUGUAACUAA